UGACUAUUGGGGUUCAUGUUUAUGGAAAAAUCGCAGAUUGAUACACUUUUGAAAACACUAUAUUGACAGCGAGCUGUUAACUUGCUCGUGAGUUCACACAGCUAUAAAUCAGAGUUUUAAUUAUUUUUGCAAAUAUCAAACUAAAUCCUGACAGAUUAUAAUUUUAGCACAGGAAAGUUAUUUUUCCCUCUGACAUGUUAACGUUUCGUCUGAUGAACCUAAUACUCUUUGGGUGAUUUUGGUUUGUGUUUUGCGUUGUGUGUGUGUGUGUGUUUUUUUUUUCUCCUCUGAUGAGCAUCAGUCAUGGUUGACGAUUUAACCAGAGUGUGAAGCACUGAAGUCCACUCAAGCGUGCUAAAACCUAACUAAGUCGGUUCUUUUGUUGUGGUUGCCGGUGAAACAAUAUUCCCAGCCAAUCAGAGGGCUCGAAAUGAUUUAUUUAUGUCUCACGAAACUUGACUGGAGUCAAGAAACUACAAGAAAGAGAGCAGCUUAUCGGACCAUCCGCGUGGGUGAAAUGAGGGAAAGUAUAGAGCCCAAGUAGGAUAACAGAUAGCGCCAAAGUUUCCUCGGCGACCGAAAGCGGAACCAAGCAUUCACGAAUUUCGCACGUGUAUGGUGUGACGUAAGGGCGAUCGUAAACAUGGCCGACGGUAAUUUAGUGGGCUUCUCAAAAUCAUUAGCGGUCUCCGAAAAAAAGGACGCUUGGUACCUACGGUCGUAACUACCAGUCUAUCGAUAUAUCUUUAAAGGAUUUUUUGGCGUUUUCAUUUUUAUUCGCCAUGAAACCAAGACAUAUGAGUAUCCGUGGCGUUGUGACGAUGUUUGGUGGUUUGAUUUUUGGCUUCACGGUGGCUUUGUUCCUGCGGCAAAAUCUCUUGCCUGUCCAGUCCAGGCGAUGCCAUAUGAACUUCGUGAGAGACGUGCGGCCCAAAACGAUGGCUAAAGAGCUUAGCUCUCGGCAUCUUAUUUUCAUUGGCGUCAUGACGGCGGAAAAAUUCCUAGACUCGCGAGCGAAAGCGGUGUAUGAUACUUGGGGCAGAAGCGUCCCAGGGAAGCUGGAAUUUUUCUCCAGCGGCAUGUCCCAAAAGAAGAUGGAGCUUCCCGUGGUUAGUUUACCGGGAGUGGACGAUUCGUACCCUCCUCAGAGAAAGUCCAUGAUGAUGUUGAAGUACAUGCACGACAACUACAUCGAGCAGUUCGACUGGUUUAUGCGUUCCGACGAUGAUGUUUACAUUAGAACUGAGAAACUCGCGAGUUUCCUUCACUCCUUGAAUAGUUCUCAAGACAUUUACCUCGGCCAAGCUGGCACGGGAGCGAAGGACGAAAAGGGCUUAUUAGGCCUAGGCUGGGGAGAUAAUUUCUGUAUGGGUGGCCCUGGAGUGAUAAUGAGCCGGAGCGUUUUAAAGAAGGUUGUACCUCACAUAGAAUAUUGUCUGAAAAAUCUGCUCACGUCCCACGAAGACGUCGAAGUUGGACGAUGUAUCAAACGUUUUGUUGGGAUUCCGUGCACUUGGUCUUUUGAGGUAGGUUUAGCCUUUUUAAAGUCAUAACUAUUCUAUAAUUAAUUUU